AUGGAUUCAGAACACUUUAAAAUGAAAGAUAAUUGUUUACCUACUUUGGAAGUUGAGUAAGUAGAUCAGCUUUUGAUUAAAAAGAAAUGUUUUUGAUAGCUCGGUUAGUGAGGGCGAGCAAUUUUGUUUGAAUUUUUUCAAAUUUUAUUUUUAAAUUACAGUGGAACUCCUGUCUAUCAAAGCUUUGUGUGAUUUUGACUCUGUUUGUUAUGGAGGGGUUUAUAAAUUGAUGUUUAGAAAUGUCACAGACGCCCAAUUCGACCAACUGCAAGAAGCUGCCUUCCUCAUGAACACCACCUUCAAAUCUCGACCUUACAGCAACGAAUCGUCAUCAUUUAUCGUGCGAUUUCAAAAGUAUUCACCAGAGACCAAAGAGUUUUUGUACUUUAUUUACCAAAACGAGUCCAAUUCCAGAAAGAAGGCUGGGUUCGAUUAUGACGUGGGAUGGAAGUACAAUCGACCAUACAAAAAAGCUGGUCUUAAAAUAUACGAGGAAGAUGCUAUCUUUGCGACGAUACAGUACUCUGUCAAUGAAGUAUUGCUUCGGUUGGUCGAUGUACAAGGGUAUGAAGGCGGGGUAAGUUUAAAGUUGGAAAAAAAUUUAGAUUUAAAAAAUAACUUUUUAAACAAAAUUUUGGAUAAGAAAUGUGUCAAAAUGUGUACCUAACGUCUCAUCAUGAGAUGACAUAGCUAAAAAUUUUUUUUUAAUUUUGCUAAUGUGGCAAUGUGAUAAUACUUUUUUCAGCUUCUACUUGACUAUUUACCACAAGCAACUUAUCGCAAUUCUAUGUUGUCAUCGAUAUACCCGUCUUUUUACAUUCUACUUGUCUUUUCAAGUUUGAUUCCAAUGGCCAUUACAAUCAAAGAUUUGAUUUCUGAAACUGAAAAUGACAUCAAGGUAAGUUGUGCCAGGUUUUUGAUUUAUUCAAACUAAAUUUUAAUUUACAGACUUCUUUAGUAUCUCCCUCAAUUUUUUGACCUUAUUGGGUCUUCAAUAGUGGGACACCCUCAUUAUAAGACUGCUUUUUGACCGCCUUUUGUAAUAAAGCUUCAAUCAAAAAGUACUUGGAUAGUGUCACACCUUGGUUAGAAGUCCAUGUUUGGGCUAGUCUGUUGAGUUUCAUACUACAAGGGUUUAGCUGUAUUAAUAUUUAAAACUUUUCAGAAUUACCUCUUGAUCACUGGCAUGAGUCGCUACAGCUUCUACUUCUCUCACUUUGUGUUUGGAUUUGGAAAAAUGUUUUUUAUUAUGUUAAUCAUCGUAUUCCCGUUUGUUUGCGUCCUCAAGGUAAGCUAAACUAGAAAUAAAAUUCGAGAAAACAUAUUUUGUUACCUAAAGUUACAAAAAGUAAAGAUUUUUUUCAAAAAAGCCCUUAAAAAUCGAAAAUAAUUUUUACUUUCAGGUCAGAGUUUUUCUACUUUUAAUUGUUACAACAAUAGUGUUUGUGGCAUGGUGUGUCGCUUUUUCGCUGUUAUGUGCUACUGUCUUCAAAACGACUGGUCUUGCAGUAACUGCCAAUGUUUUAUUGAUUUUUGGAUUUCUAGCCAUACCUCUCACAAUUACGAUUGACUUUUUUGAUAUGGCUUUGAAUUGUAUUGCUUGUUUGGAUCCAGUUUUUGCUUUAUCAAUUAUCUUUGAUGAGAUUCACACUUAUCAGCUGUAUAGUAAGUUUAUCUAAAAUGGCAUUUUUGAAUUUUUUUUUAAUUUUAAAGUUAAAAUUUUUUAAAUUUUACAGAGAUACUGUAAUAUUCUAACUCACUAACUAACUAUCGAAAUACCACUUUAGAUAUCCCAAUACACGCAGCAACUCGAUUUACUGUUGAGUUCUCGUCCCUUCACGCUCUGAUCUUCAUCAUCUUUGAUACGACCAUUGCUAUUACUUUGACCCUGAUUCUGGAGACAGCAUUAGCUCAUGCAGGUACUGCUUCUCUAAAUUGUAUUGCCAAAAUGAAACGCAAAAAGAAGAAACCGGAAAGUCAAAAGAGUUCGCUGAUAUUGGAUAAAGAAGACUUUGAGUCGACUGAUACGCAAGCUGAAAGCGAUGUUAAUGUAGGUUUGUUUUGUUUUUUGGUGUAAAUGCGUACUUAAGGGCUUUGAAAUAAAGUCAACGUUUAAUUUUUAAACUUUAUUGACUGGCAAAUGUUUCUUUUCUUUUUGUUGGACAUGUUUUACCGGAUAAAAUAGUUCUUUCUUUGAAUUUUCUAAAAAAUAUUUUUAAAAUUCGAUAAAAUUGUUUUUGAUAGUUUUAAAAUAGUUUUAAAAGCAUUGUUUUAUUUUUAUUAUGACUUUAAUCUUAUUAAAUCAAUAUGUUUUAGGUUGUUUCCCUGAAGAAACGAUGGGGUUAUGGAGAAUAUGCUGUGAAUGGAGCCACUUUCCAAGCCUAUCGUGGAGAUAUCACAGCUUUGUUGGGACACAAUGGGGCUGGUAAAUCGACCACGUUUUCGUGUUUGACUGGAUUUGCACCGACUUCUGGCGAUAUUAAUGUAGGCUUUUUACUUUUCUAGAGCUAUUGCUUACUGAUAAACUUACUUUAACUUGAAUGAUAAUUACUUUUUUUAUUAGGUUAGAAGAUUGUAUUAUAAUAUUUAUUAGAUUUGAACUUUUUUUUUAAUUUUAGGUGUGUGGAAUGGCAGUAGGAAGAAGUAUGAAUGGUAUAAGACAAAUCACUGGCUAUUGCCCGCAAGGGAAUCCAUUGUUCGACAAACUGACUUGUAUGGAUCAUAUGAAAUUGGCAGGAAGACUGAGAGGAUCAUAUUGUGGAGAUCAAAAUUGUCACGAAACUUUGAAACAAGUUGGACUCGAUGAUGCAGCUAAUGUAGUAAGUCAUCAGCAGGGUAUUGUAGAGCACUAUAGGGUUUUAUAAACAUUUUUAUCAUCUAGUAUGUAGUGCAGGAAGUAUUCGUUUCUAUUUGAUUUUUUUGAAAAAAAUAAAUGAUUCAAAAUUUAAUUUUUUGAUAAAAUGAUUUUGUUUUAGCUAUCCUGUCGGCUGAGUGGUGGAAUGAAGAGGAAGUUGUGUGUAGCUAUGGCGUUGGUGGGUAAGAGUCAAGUAGUUUUGUUGGAUGAACCUACAGCUGGAAUGGACCCAACGGCCAGAAAACAAAUUGGGGAAAUAUUGGAAAAGGUCAAACCUAAUUGGUACGUUUUUAAUAGGUAACAUUUUUAGGUUACAAGGUGCAUUACAUAAUCUUAGGACAAAGCAUUUUCCUGUCCUUAACAUGUAAAUUUUAUUUAUCUGGAAACCGAUGUAAAUUGGACUUUUGUUGUUUUGAAACUAAUGAAAAUCUUACUUCAGAACAAUCAUUAUUACAACUCAUUACAUGGAUGAAGCCGAUCUACUAUCAGAUCGUAUCUUGAUCAUGGUGAAAGGCAAAGUAAUUUGUGCUGGGUCUUCAAACUUUCUGAAAAAUAGAUUUGGCACAGGUUUCCUACUCACGAUCACACUGAAGCCAGAUAUGAAUGUUGACGAAGGGGCGGCACGGUGUUUGCAUGCCGUGCGGAACGUUGUAGAAGAUGCCAAAUUAACUGGAACACCGAUGGCACAAUUUACAAUAAACUUACCAUACGAUUGGAAACGUAGAUUUGUGAAAGUUUUCAAAGAAUUGGAACAACAACAAGAAGAAUUGGGGAUUGAUACGUUCGGAUUGUCAGUUAACACAUUGGAACAAGUGUUUAUCAGUGUGGGGGAGAAGGCGGAGAAGAGGUCGAGUAAGCGAAUCACGGAAAAGAUUGAACACGAUGCCAAGUUGAUCAAGGAGCAGGACAGUGAGUGGUUUAUUGUUUUCUUCGCUACAGCUGAAAGAAGGUGGGCAUUCGGUUUGGACAAAAGUUUUGGGGCUUGACUAACGUUAUAAAGUAGCGUAUCAAUUGAAGUUAUUUUUAACUUUUCUUUUUUAGACGACAGAAAGCCGACGAUUUCUAAAAAGGUGCAGGCAUUGAUGAUGCGAAACUACCUUUACAUGUACCGUAAUUGGUCGAGAACGUUGGCACCGUUUUUUGUGGCUUUCUUGACUUUUGUUUUGCUUUACCUGAAUGAUCGAGAUAAUAGUUCCGCUGUUUAUUACGAUGGUGAUGGUAAGUUCUGGGCAAGAAAUGUUAAAGAUUAACUUGAACGCAAGAUAUAUGAUUUUUGUAAACGUGGUCUGUGCAGUGCUAAUUGGCUGUAAAGAGAGCUAUAAUAAUAUUUUUAAAAUAUUUGUAAAUUAUUUUUUACUUUUUAUAUCAUCUUUUUAAACUAAAAUUUUUAUUUUUAGAAAAAGAAAUGCUUUUGUCAAUAUCAGACGUGCCAAAGUCAACUGUAAUUGUCAGUUCAAGCUUAUCGGAUAGUAUUAAAAGCUUUUUUAACAAUGUGUCAGAUCAAUUCGAGUUUAUCGACCGAGAAUAUGAUGAUUAUUUCAAAAAUUACGGCUACAGUCAAUUUGAUUAUCCUCCGAAAUCUUUUGGUUUUUUCGAAAAAGCUGGCUACAUUUUGGUGUGUGGGAGUCUGUUUCUACAUCAGGGUAUUAUGACAGCUAUGAACGUGUACUACAACCUCUUGUUUGGAGAUGGGUCAAUGGGUAAGAAUUGGUUUUAUGGUUUUAAUGGGGAGUAAAGAGGUUUUUGGUUUAGACUAGCAUGAGACUAGUCUAAAGCUGAUUUACAUAUAUUGCUAAUCUCUUGUAACACUGAUUUCAGAUCACAUACAAGUUGGAUACCUAGCUGUCCAGUCGGCCAAAAUAAAAGGUUUUUCACCCAACAACUUGCUUGAAGGCGUUAUUUCAUCGUUUGGGAUUUCUUUUGGAAUGGCCAUGAUGUUGUCGUCUGUCAUAGUGGAAAGAGUGAAAAAGUUUAAACAUCAGGUAAACCUACGUUAAUAACGAGAUUCUGUGUAAUUUUUGAAUAGCUGAUUAUGCAAGAUUCUAAAUCUUUUUUUUUGUUAAACUAAGGUUGGGCUUGUGAUAAUUUUUUUUGGGUAUUCUGCUCGAGCGCGAUAUGGCCUGGAAGCCAAGUCUUCUGGGUUUAUCUCCUUGUUUUAACUCCUUUAGGCUUAACUGUUAUAGCAAAAUUAGAUCAAUAUGUCGUUUUUUACUUUAAAAAUUGAGAACUUUUCUUUUUCAGAUCUACCUCGCAUCAGCCAAAACCUUUAUCUACUGACUUGCUCAAUUACUAUCGGACUUUACGUUCUACUUUGUUCUAGUGACAUUUGUAUUCUUAUGCAGUUUGUUAGUAGUACAACCAUUACCUCUGUGUGCGAUUGGUGUUGUACCUUUUUAUCUACUGUACUUUAUUGCCGCAUCAUUGUCGAGUUAUGUACUGAGUUUUGCCUUCGAAUCGCCGACGAAAGGUACUGUGGUUAUACUGGCGUUCCAUACGAUCAUACCCAUGGUAGCGUUUUGUGUGAUUACUAUAGGCAUGUUGCUUUUGAUGUUGUUUGGCAAUGAGGAGGUGGGCAAGUCGAUCAAAUAUCUUAAUGUGAGUUUUGUUGGUUUUAUGAAAUUAUAUUGGUGUAAGGACGUAUUAUAAUAUAUAGCUUCGGCUGAAUAUAGCUAUUUUAAAAAAAUUUUUUUUUGAUUUUAAAAAGUUAUUUAAUGUUACAGUUUUGAUAUUGUAAAGACUACUUGAGAUUAAUAUUUUUAUAGGUCGUUCUUCCCGUGGUAUUUCCAUCGCUCGGCUUGUUCAACGCGCAGAUGACUAUGUUGGAUCGCUGCAUUGAAGGAAACAUUGAGGAUCCAUCACUAUAUUCGGAUAUAACACAAGCUGGUACGGCUCUGGGUGCAUUGUCUUUGAGCAGUGUGAUUUAUUUGGCAGCGCUGAUAUUCAUCGAAGCAAAGAAAUUCAAGUUUAGUCGAAUUAAACAUAAUAAAACUGUAAGUUUUGAGCCAACUUUUAGUGCUUUUUAAAAAAAAGUUGAUGUAAAUGACGAAUUUCAAAUGAUAAUGAAUUACUGUAUUCUAUUUUAGCUUUAUAAGGACUAACUUAAAAAAAUUUAUUACUAUAUUAAACUGUAAAUUCAAUUUAUUUCUUGUUUGAGUAUGGUGACUUAAAUGCUUAAUAUUGAGAUAUUUCAGGAGAAUGAAGAGGAAGAAGACGGAGAUGUUACAGAAGAACGUGACAGAAUCAAUGGAAUACCAGACGAAAAGUUGGCUUUAUCAGUUAGAAACUUGUCUAAAUAUUACGGUAAAAAGUGUGCAGUCAAUGAGCUGAGCUUCGGAAUGGACUCGAAUGAAUGUUUUGGGCUUUUGGGUAAGAAAAAAUAAAAAUAAGUUUUUGGCGAUUUAUUACAUCUUAAAAAUGAUUAAAGACUUAUAAUUAGCUUGGUUUUAAUACUUAACAAAAUAUUUAGGUACGAAUGGUGCCGGCAAAACCACUACAUUUAAUAUGCUGACGAAUCAAAUACCAGCAUCUGACGGCGCAGCCACAAUCUUAGGUAAACCAGUAGAGCUAACCCCGACAAUCGGAUAUUGUUCUCAAUUUGACGCCUUAUCUGACAACCUGACCGGUCGGGAGACUUUAACCUUGUUAGGCAGAUUGAAUGGCUUCAAAUGUGUUAAAGCCAGAGUGGAAUUGAUACUAGACUGUGUCCUAUUAUCGGAAAUGGCAGACGAACUGACCAAGACUUAUAGUGGAGGUCAGAAACGUCGCUUAUCGAUCGCCGUAUGCCUGAUGUCGGGCUCCAAGUUUCUGGUACUGGACGAACCAACAGCUGGCGUGGACCCGGCUACACGAAGACACAUCUGGGACCUUCUGAUAGCCAUGAGGAACCUGAACAAGGCCAUAUUACUCACGACUCAUUCGAUGGAAGAGUGCGAAGCUCUCUGUACCAGAAUCGGAUUCUUACGUGCUGGUCGACUGCGAGGUAUUGGUACUAGUCAGCAUUUGAAGAGUAAAUUCGGCCAUAGCUAUGUCCUGACAAUUAUACUCAAGAACAUGAAGAAGGAGGACGCGGAGUAUGUUAACGAUGCCAUUUCCAAGACAUUUGAUAUUCAGCUAACGAACGAACUGGACCAAAGAGCUAUGACUUGGGAACUCCCCAAGAAGCCUGGUGUCACAUGGAGCAGCAUGUACGAAUAUGUGGAGAGAGUGGUCACAGAAAUCAACUCUCAAUAUAAAGAAAGAACGUCAGGUUCUAAGGAAUCGAAUGAACAGGAUAAGAAGGAAAGUGGAUCAGAUAAAGAAGUGGAGGUCAUAGCCGACUUUUAUCUAGUACAAGAUUCUUUGGAACAGGUCUUUACUCGAUUGGCUACAGCUCAAUGA